GUCUGGACCUCCCGUGCCGUGGAAAUUGAAAAAAUAAAUAUCUGCGGUUGAGAAAUACGAUAAAGUAUGAAAAGCAAAAACUAAAAGCAUACAUAGCUAGUUUAAAUAAAACACAACGUAAAAAUUGAAAAACUAAAAUAUGUCGAAGAGUGAUGUGCUUUAUAUGAGGAGGGAUAAAACUAUAUCUUUAUCUGAAUCGGGAGGUGAAGAGAAUGACAAUGACAUCUGGGAUGAUUGCAAGCUGAACAAUGCAUAUGACAAGGCUCUGAGCAUGGCCAAUAUUGAAGUUGCCAAGCGACUUGCGAUGUCCACUAAUACAGAGGCUAAUGAUUCUACACCCAAGAAUCCUAUCCCAAAUGUUACUCCAGCUAAAACUAAGAAGAAAAACAAGAAUAAAUGGAAGGCAGGUAUGAACUGCCGCGCUGUGUAUGAGGAAGAUGGGAUUGAGUAUGAGGCAAUCGUCACGCGAAUUAUCAAUGACAAAGAGUGUGUUGUACGUUUCUUGGGCUAUGAAAACUCCGAGAUAAUGCCAAUAAGCUCCCUGAAACAGUCGCUCGGUAAAAAACAAAGGAACAAACAGAUUGCGGAAGCGUUAGCUGAUGGCGACUUUAGCGUUCACUCAAACACUGCCGAGGAGAUGGACUGCAGCGACAGACAGACCCCUGAAGUCAAAGAGAAUCGAGAGACGCGACGUAUCGGCCAAUCAAAAACAAGAAAACGUCCAAUAGACACUAUUAAAGAAAAAAUGAGUAUCAGCGCGGUUUGCAUCAAACGAUCCAAAACUAUGGAAACAACAUCAUCUUCGAAGAAAAAGAAGUCAAAGAAAAAUACUGCAAAGACAACUAAUGGGUUCACCCUUCCAGAUCUGCCAUCUAUGCAUUUGCCAAGUUUCGCUGAACUCAAAAAUUUAGCAGCAAUCGAUAUGCCCAUACCGCCCCCGCCUCCCAUGACUAUGCCGCGCCAAGAGGCUGACGGCGAGGAUCAGGCUAUGUCCUCGAUGCUACUCAGCUGGUACAUGAGCGGGUAUUACACUGGUCUCUAUCAAGGCAUGAAACGUGCUCGGGAAGGGAAAAGAUCAUCAAUGAACUAAAACUAUGUGUUGCAAACUUUUGACUGAUGUUUCCCUAAUUUUUUUCGUAACUAACUACAGUCCGACAAGGCUCUUUUGGCGCGUGGCCAAAAUCGGAACUAAAGCCGCCAUCUUGAGAAGUGCACUUGUUGAUAGUUCGCUGCGUCGGCAUAAAGCUACAACAGCGCCCUCACUCAAGUGCCAAAAGAGCUUUGUCGGACUGUAGUAGUAGUGAAAAAUAUAAUGAAGAAUUAAAAGAUUGUAAAGUUUUCAAUAAAAUUUUAUUUUGUAAUUUCAUUCACGUAACAUAAACUAAAUAAUAAUAAAAAUAGAAAAUGCUGUGUUACCGUUUAAAAAUAAAUUAAAAUAAAAUUAUGCCUCCGAAAUUAUUAUUACAAUAAUCUGUCAAACUAUGUACAAAAUAUACAUUUUGAUAAUAUGAGUCGUUUUUUUUAUUGGUCCGCAAUCAUUAUAUUAUGACGUAAAGGUGCAUUUACAUAUUUCCGCGAGAUACGAAACGUUUGUUUACAUUUCACACAGACCGUUUCACUUGUCCCCUGCUAUCAUGUUGGCACCAUUUGCAAAGCACACAAUAAUGAACCCUAAGUACUAAAGUAUAAAGCAAACAAAGCAAUGGUGCCAACAUGUCGGCAGGUGACAAGAAUUAGGUCAAGAGUCAGAGAACGGUCUGACAUUCGUCUCUGAUCUCGUCUCACUCUCGCGCAGUGGCGAGAUUAUGUGU